AGUCUUCUGCAGCAAACGGGGACUGCGUUUCGAGUGUUGUUCUCCGUUGUGAUAUCUUUGUUUACCUUCGCAGUGUUUUGCGGAUGAGGAUUUGAAUAAUUCUAAUUUUACAGUAAGUAGAGGGAUUGUUCCCAUACACUGGCUUUUUAGUUGACCUGAAAUUGUUUUUAUUUGCCGCUCCGCCAUUUUUCAGGCUGGCGGAGGUUUGUUCCAAGAUGGCGACUUCCAUGGGUUGAUACUCUUUUUGCAUCGGGGACAUCUAACUGCACAAUUAAAGGACAUGACGUCCACCGGUUCCGCUGUGCCUGGCACCACCGGAGCUCCGUUGCAGCCGCGAUGGAAGCGGGUUCAGGGAUGGUCCGGGCCGGUCCCCCGACCGAGACACGGACACAGAGCCGUAGCCAUCAAGGAGCUCAUGGUCGUUUUCGGCGGAGGAAACGAAGGCAUCGUUGACGAGUUGCACGUUUAUAAUACAGCAACAAACCAGUGGUUCAUACCAGCUGUUCGUGGAGAGAUUCCUCCAGGGUGUGCAGCUUAUGGUUUUGUAUGUGAUGGCACUCGUCUAUUAGCUUUUGGUGGAAUGGUGGAAUAUGGAAAGUACAGCAAUGACCUUUAUGAGUUACAGGCAAGCAGAUGGGAAUGGAAAAAAUUGAAACCAAAAGCCCCUAAAAGUGGAGCACCACCAUGCCCUCGCCUGGGCCACAGUUUUUCUCUUGUGGGCAACAAGUGUUAUCUUUUUGGAGGGCUUGCCAAUGACAGCGAAGACCCCAAGAACAACAUUCCCAGAUAUUUGAAUGACCUUUAUACCCUUGAGCUGCGUCCGGGCUCCAACACUGUGGGCUGGGAUAUACCGGUCACAUAUGGUGUACUUCCUCCGCCAAGAGAGAGCCACACUGCUGUAGUUUAUACUGAAAAAGCUACUAAGAAGUCCCGUCUUGUUAUAUACGGUGGAAUGAGUGGUUGCCGUUUGGGAGAUCUUUGGACUUUAGAUAUUGAUACACUGACCUGGAACAAGCCUGCAAUAAGCGGCGUAGCUCCCCUUCCCCGUAGCCUCCACUCAGCCACCACGAUUACAAACAAAAUGUAUGUUUUUGGUGGCUGGGUUCCUUUGGUGAUGGAUGAUGUGAAGGUGGCCACGCAUGAGAAGGAAUGGAAGUGUACAAACACACUGGCCUGCCUGAACUUGGACACCUUGUCUUGGGAGACUGUUUUGAUGGACACUUUGGAGGACAACAUACCACGUGCACGAGCAGGACAUUGUGCUGUUGGUAUUAACAACAGACUUUAUGUUUGGAGUGGACGGGAUGGGUACCGCAAAGCUUGGAACAAUCAGGUGUGCUGCAAAGAUCUCUGGUACCUGGAGACCGAGCGACCUAAUCCCCCUUCACGGGUACAGCUUGUCCGGGCCAACACAAAUUCUUUAGAGGUUAGCUGGGGAGCAGUGUCUACAGCAGACAUGUACCUGCUUCAGCUUCAGAAAUAUGAUAUCCCAGCAGCCACUGCUGCCACAUCCCCAUCCCUCAACGCUGUUCCCUCCCUCCCUGGAAACUCGCCUAAGAGUCCAGCGCCUGCCGCAGCUGCACCGUCUGCUCAGAGUCUGCCGCAAAGUGGCUUCACCCUCGUGCCCCAGGCGGCUUCUCCCACAGCCUCAGUCCUGCCCAGCACACCUGCAAGUCCUGUGGCUGCCUCAACCGCACGGGGCCCAGCUAUUCUGAAAGUUGCAGCCCCUCAGUCGGGCACCGGGACGUCGUAUGUCACUGUUCGGCAGGCCAGCCAGGCCGGAAAAUCCCCAGUCACUAUGACAUCACUUCCUGCAGGUGUUCGCAUGGUAGUGCCAGCACAGACCACUCAAGGAACGCCCAUUGGCAGCAGCCCUCAGAUGAGUGGAAUGGCAGCUUUGGCCGCAGCUGCUGCAGCCACACAGAAAAUCCCUCCUUCUCCUGGAGCUACUCUUCUCAAUGUGCCGGCGGGGGCCACGAUUGUUAAAACGGUGGCUGUGACACCUGGGUCCACCACUCUCCCCAACACCGUUAAAGUGGGAUCACCUGUCAUGGUAAGCAACCCUGCCACUCGCAUGCUGAAGACUGCGGCUGCACAGGUGGGCACUCCGACAGUGUCCAGUCCCACCACAGCUGCUCGGCCCAUCAUCACCGUGCACAAGUCUGGCACAGUAACCGUAGCCCAGCAGGCUCAGGUUGUGACCACGAUGGUGGGUGGAGUCACCAAGACCAUCACUCUUGUUAAGAGCCCACUUUCCAUGGGAGGAAACCUGAUUUCCAGCUUGGGCAAGGUGAUGUCAGUGGUACAGACCAAACCAGUGCAGACAUCUGCUGUGACUGGACAGGCCUCCUCCAACCCAGUGACUCAAAUUAUACAGACAAAGGGUCCCCUCCCACCCGGCACCAUUCUGAAACUGGUAACGUCUGCGGAUGGAAAGCCAACCACCAUAAUUACCACCAGUCAAGCAGGUGGCACUGGAAACAAACCCACUAUCUUGGGUAUCAGUGGCAUGUCCCCCACAAGCACCAAACCAGGCACCACCACUAUUUUCAAAACAAUCCCCAUGUCUGCUCUACAGCAGGGAGCUGCAGGCCUGACUAGUAGUACAGGGGUGAAGAGCCCAAUUACAAUCAUCACCUCAAAGAUGAUGACAUCUGGAACAGGAACUCCUGGCAAAAUUAUUACAGCAGUGCCUAAGAUUGGUACAGCAGCUGGCCAGCAAGGCCUGACACAGGUUGUUCUGAAGGGAGCUCCUGGUCAGCCUGGAACCAUUCUUCGCACUUUGCCGAUGGGAGGAAUGCGACUCGUGUCUCCAGUAUCUGGGGUCAAGCCAACUGUAACCACGCUGGUUGUCAAGGGAACAACUGGUGUAACAACACUUGGCACAGUCACAGGAACUGUUUCUACCAGCUUAGCUGGAGGAAGCUUAGCCAGUGCCAAUGCCACCCUGGCAACUCCCGUCACCACUCUGGGCACGAUUGCCACCCUCUCAAACCAGGUCAUUACUGCUACCGCUGUGUCAGCUGCCCAAAGCAACCUGAACACUGUCACCUCUACCAUGCAGCCCACCCAGGUGACUCUCAUAACUACACCCAGUGGUGUGGAGGCUCAGCCGGUCCAAGAUCUGCCUGUUUCCAUCCUGGCCUCUCCCACCUCUGAGCAGGCCACCUCUACUGAGUCUGGUGCAGGCGAUGGUUCUGGAAAUGUUACUUUAGUGUGCUCUAACCCACCCUGUGAGACCCACGAGACGGGCACCACCAACACGGCCACCACAGCAACAGCAAAUAUGGGCACUGGACCAGCUGGCACAGUACAGAGAGUGUGCUCCAACCCGCCCUGCGAAACGCAUGAAACGGGUACAACAAACACCGCCACAACAGCAUCUGCCAACAUGGGCGCUGUACAGAGGGUCUGCUCCAACCCACCCUGUGAGACCCAUGAGACUGGCACCACCAACACCGCAACCACAGCAUCUUCAAAUAUGGGCACUGCUCCUGCUGGCACUGUACAGAGGGUCUGCUCCAACCCACCCUGUGAGACCCACGAAACGGGCACCACCAACACCUCAACAACAGCGUCAUCUAACAUGGGCGGAAAUCAAACAGGAACGGUGCAAAAAGUCUGCUCGAACCCACCCUGUGAGACCCAUGAGACAGGCACCACCAACACCUCAACAACAGCGUCAUCUAACAUGGGCGGAAAUCAAACAGGAACGGUGCAAAAAGUCUGCUCGAACCCACCCUGUGAGACCCAUGAGACAGGCACCACCAACACAGCAACCACUGCUACCUGCAGUAUGGAGACUGAUGAGGGAACAGCUCAACAGAGUGAUGAAGUAUCAGAAUCUACCACUAGUACAGAAGGCCUGCCUUCCACUGCAGCUUCCCAGAGCAGAGCCAUUACCAUAGUCACACAGGCCACACCUCUACCAGGACCAGCUGUUCCGUCUAUCUCUUCAAUCACGGAGUCGUCCUCAGAUGCCGGAGCUGAGCCGGUUGUUAUGGAGAGUUCGGAAGCAGAGUCUUUGCAGACAGAAGGCCAGGCUGAAGCGGAGGCAGUCUCCAUGCAGGCAGAGUUCCAGACAGAGUCGGGGGAAGUGGCUAUGCCCAGUGACUUCCAGGCAGAGGCAGCGGCCUUGCCGAGUGACUUCCAGGGAGAAGCCAUAGCAGUAGCCAUGCAGGCAGAGAGCCAGGCGGAAGAAGGGGCAGUGCCCAUGGAGCAUGACGCUUCUAGCAUGGCAGAGGGAGGAACAGCUCAGGAGCAACUACCUACAGCAGAGAUGGAGGGUGUAGAAGCGGUGUCAGCAUCACAGGCCGAGGCGCUGGCCUUGCCACCAGAGCUGAUGUCAGAUGGGCAACCCACAACACUGAUGGUGACUGGUCUGACCCCAGAGGAGCUGGCCGUCACGGCAGCUGCAGAGGCAGCGGCCCAGGCUGCAGCGACAGAGGAGGCCCAGGCCCUCGCUAUUCAGGCUGUACUGCAAGCAGCACAGCAGGCUGUUAUGAGCUCAGGUGAUGCUGGAGGAGACAACCAGCAGACCCACACCAUACCCAUCGUUCUGACCCAGCAGGAACUAGCAGCUUUGGUUCAGCAGCAACAGCAGCUCCAGGCAGCCCAGCAAGCUGCUGCCCAGGCCGCACUGCCCACAGAGGGCUUGGCUCCGGCUGACAGCCUAAAUGAUCCCUCCUCAGAAAGCAAUGGACACAAUGAGGUCGCCGCCGCUGCCACAAGUACAGUAGUGGGACUGCUGCCCAGCACCUCGGCAGAGACCUUGGCUCCAUCCUGUACAUUAGCACCUGCAGUAGUUGCCAGUCCAGCUAAAAUGCAGGCAGCUGCAGCUCUGACUGAAGUGGCCAAUGGUAUUGUGGCUGUGAAACAAAACCCUCCCACUGUUACAGUCAAACCUCAAGUGAAAAAAGAAAACCAGUGGCAUGAUGUUGGCAUUGUCAAAGUCACCAACAUGGUUGUAACGCAUUUCUACAUGCCUGCAGAUGACGCCGCUUAUGUUGAGGAUGAUUCUGGCACAAUACCUGACUACAGCCAGAUGAAGAAGGUGGACCUUCAGCCCGGGACGGCCUAUAAAUUCCGUGUGGCUGGUAUAAACACAUGUGGCCGUGGAGCCUUUUCGGAAAUAUCUGCUUUCAAGACCUGUUUGCCGGGUUUCCCAGGGGCACCAUGUGCCAUAAAGAUCAGCAAGAGUCCAGACGGUGCUCAUCUUACAUGGGAGCCUCCAUCCGUGACAUCAGGAAAGAUCACCGAGUAUUCUGUGUAUUUGGCCAUCCAGAGCAGCCAGACCACCGAGGUGAAACCCUCGGCCCCGGCCCAGCUUGCCUUCAUGCGCGUUUACUGUGGGCCAAACCCCUCAUGCCUGGUCCAGUCCUCCAUCUUGUCCAACGCCCAUAUAGACUAUACCACCAAACCCGCCAUCAUUUUCCGCAUCGCGGCACGCAACGAGAAAGGUUACGGCCCGGCUACACAAGUGCGAUGGCUGCAAGAGUCUAACAAAGAUGGCCUUUCUGCAAAGCCUGCCCCAAAAAGAGCAGUUUCUUCACCAGAUACGAAAGGGAUUGGUCAGAAGAAAGCAAGAAUGGACCAAUGAGCCCCUCUCCGUUCAUCCUCCAAGACCAGAAAGACUUACACUAUUCCUAAUGCUCCAUUCGGAUCCAACACAUCUUCAACUGUAACCAUCCAUCACAAACAGCACAAAAUCAACAAGGAAAUAGUGUUAAAGAAUACAGUUACUAGGGAAAUCGUUUUUUUCUUGUUAGUAGUGUGAAUGGAGAAAAGCACAUUGCAUAUUUUUGGGUAUUUUUCAACAUACUUGGAGUGGGAGGUGAAAAAAAAAAGAAGCUUUUUCCAUUGUAGAGUCUUCCUUUCCUGCUCUCCCCCAUUACUUUCAAUACACGUAUCUUGCCUGAGUAAAUUCAAAUGCCAGUUUUAAGAUAUUCGUAUCGGUUGAUCUGUCAGCUGGGCUCAAUUGAAGAUGCUCUCUUUUUUGUGAUGGACUUGAGUGUGAAGUUUUAGUUCACGGUAAAUGUGUGGACACGAUUCUGAUCGGAGAUGAGUGAUGUAAUUUUCAUGGGAGGGGAAAAAAACGGAAAUGGGGUGGAAAACAAAAACAAACCAAGCACUUGUCCUCAGACAAAAGGGGAUAUUUUUCACUUGAAUGGCUCGGUGAAAUAAGAUCUGCAUAAGGAAUUGUUCUGGACUCCAGCCUCCUGGUGAAGUCUGAGCUCUUUUGCAUUAAGCAGAAAUCGAGCAGAACUGCAGAUAAAGACGUGGCCAUGGAAGUACAUUACCGGCAGGACAGAGACUUUGCUAGAACUGAGAUUUGCCAUAAAAAAAAAGAAAGAAAAUUGAAAAAAAAAAAAACUGAAAAAAUGCAAAACUUCACAAAAAAUUAGCAAGCGAUGAUGGAGAAGAUCUUUUGUGUAGUUUAUUUUUGUAUUUUUAAAGCUUUUCUCCUGUGUGUACGUGUAUGUCUGUGCUUUUUUUUUUUACUCGCUACUUUUAUUUUUUGGUUUGUUUUUGUUUUAAAAAUUGCUGGCCAUCCCCAUUGUUUAAGGGGUUUGUGGAACGAAGGGCUUUUGGAUGGCCGUUCUCAUGUCAAGUACUUUUACAAAAGGAAAGACCUUGUAUUUGUGCUCAAGUUGAGUGGUAAUGCAACUGAAAAGGAUGUAAACAUCUGAAGGGCUUUUACUUUGUUUACUGCAUAUUUCUAAGCUUGAUUCCACUCGGUGUUUGUGUAUGCCAAACCUUGAGAUGUAAAAAUCAUAAAACAUUGAUUAACUUUUUUUUUUUUAUUCCUCAACUUAUCAAGACGCCUUUUAUUAGUAAACACUCUUUUUUUUUCCCUUCCACUGGCUUUUCCUCUUAACUUUUUCCACAACAUAUUCUUUGUCAAAUUUUCUCUGCUCUAGAUUGUGAAGGAAGUUGUCCAUGUGAAGAUGAAUUUCUACUUUUUCCCCCCUCCUUUGAUUAUCUGAGAGGUAUGCAAACUAAAUGUUCAGUGUAUACCUGUGUCUCCGUGUGGGUGAGGAUGCCUUUACUCACUCUUGGUGAAAGUUCAGAUUCAGCUGUAAUAUAGUUCAUUCAUAAUGCAAGAAGAUGAUACCCUGGCCUUUUAUAUAUUUACCUGUACAACGUUUUUACAUGUUGGUCAUCUCCUGAUUGCCUUUUUUGUCUUGACUUAUAAAAGAAAAGGAAAUAUAUAAA